UAAACAAUGUAAAUGAACGUUCUAGUUUUAUUGAAUCAGAUUUUAUUAAACAAUGAAUUUCAGUAGAUCAGAGAUCAUUGUAGAUCAGCGAUGAGCAAGCGGUGGCAACUAAUAGAUCAUAUGCAUUCCUCGAUCCUAAUUUGCUUGUUCUGGUAAAAUUAGAGAAAAAUUUUCCUUCAUUUGACGUUGCCAUGCCUGCAUAGCUUUUGUUUCUGUCUAUUUAUAACUAUGUACUCGAUUGAUGAGGUAGCUAGUGAAUUUACAUAAAUAAUAUGGAAACAAAUUGAUUGAUUGUGAAGAAAAUAUGACCUGCGACGUUGAAGUUAUCUAUCUUUGUUAUAAAUUAUUUUUGAUAUCUUUCAUAAGUCACGAAAGUCUGUAGUACUCGAAAGAAAAUCAACGUCUUGGUUUUUUUUCCAUUCGAUUUUUUUCCCUAUCGCAUAUCAAAACUAUAUACGUAAUCUUUCUUUAUCCCACAUUCAAUCAACGUUUCUAGUUCCACAAUAUUGUUUGAGAUAUUGAUCCUUGUACGUUCCUCAUAUCCGCGAUACAAAAGAAUAUAAAAGAAAAUCUAUGUCCCAUGGAGAUAAAAGAAAAAAUAAAUGAGUCGAAUAUUUUUGACCUAUCGAAAUUUAUCAGGUAUCUCUAAUUUUAAGUAACAGUCAAUUUCUCGAUGAGUCUAAUGUUCUUUUAAUGAAGUUCUUUCUCGAUAUCCACGAGAGAACUUUUUAACGAUGUAUACAGGGGUGUGCAGUGCGUGCAUGCAUGCACGCAAAUGGUCAAAUCCCUAGGACGGGGAUAUUUUAACAAAUAAAAUUAAAAUAAAUAUAUCAAAUAUUUGUAUGAAAUUUCAUUUAAUCUUGUCAAUUAUAUGGAACUCUCGUAGAAAUAUGUCAAUAGACCCACAAAAAAAAAAUUAAAACAAUAAAAGUACAUAAAACGUAAAAAAAAUAAGAUUGGAAGUUUAAAAUGAAGCUACUUGCGAUCCGAUCCGCAUUAAAAGAGGCGGCCAAAUAUCUCUAGUACACAGGCGGCUAACAACACAAUCGGCCUUGGGUGUGGUACAAGCAGAGCCACACGAGUUUUGAAUUUUGGGUAAUAUAAGAAUCAUUGGAAAGGAAUUUCUAAGGUUACAUGAUAAGGAAGUGUGAAUCAGCCGUUCGAUAUAAGUGAUCAUAGUGCAACGACGAAUUUUACAAACGAUAGAAUAUUUUCCAACUUAGUGUUAACAUUGGUCUAAAUUCUUUUUUAAAUAUACAUUUUUGACUCACCGGGUAAGUUGACAUUUUUCUUCAGUGGUACAAGCUCCAUAGUGGUAUGAUCCCACUUGGAAUAUACUUUUAGCAGAUAAAUCUAAAGUAGUAUUAAAGAUAAUUUUCUCUGAUAACAAAUUCAAUACCAUACGAAUCGAAAUAUUACGCUUUUCAAAUCGAGUACCUCUAAAAAUUUGAUCUCAUAUUUAAAAGAAAAAUGUCUAAUGUUAAUAAUUUAGAGCAACAUAUUGCAAACUUGCAAAUCAAUCAUGGCGAUAAUACAAUCAAAAUGGUUAAAUCUGGAAAGAAAGUUGGCCCUGCUGUACCACCAAAACCAAAAAAAUGUCAACCUCAGAUACCACAAAGUUAUUCAAUAAAGGCAGCACCGACGCCAUCAUAUAGCACUGUACUCAAUAAUGCUGGAACAAAUGAAAAAUCUACAAACUUAUACAUGAAUUCACCUUCUCCAUAUGUAUCAAUGAAUAUGGAAAAGAAUGAUUUUAACAUACCUACAUUGACUAAUGGAAAAGAGACUGUGAAAUUGUAUCAAAACAAUGAAAAUUUCUAUGUACAUCAAACAAAGGAAAAGUUUGAACCUAAAUAUGGAUAUGAUGAGAAAAAUUAUUAUUCAAAUGUUGGAAAUUUACCAGCUCCUCAAGUGCCAGUGGAAGAUCGUAAUGAUAGAGCUACAAAUAGUGCGGUAUAUAGUAAUGUUGAAUCUCCAGCACCUAUUUCUGUUCCUGCACCAAAAAAAACAGAGAAAGAUAUCAUUUACAGUAAUAUACAAUGGAACCCAAAAUCAGAGAAUACUUACAGUAAUCUUCCGUCUACUCAUACCAGUGAUGAUUUACCGCCACCUCCUGAGCCUUCAGAAUAUGUUGCUUGCAUUCCAGGAAAUUCAUUCCCUCCACCCCCUGAAGAAUUGCCACCACCACCUAGUCCUGUCUCUUCCAGUUAUAGCGAAUUGAGACGUGCAACUUAUCAAACUGAUUUUCCUGCUGGAAAUUAUCCAAAUGACAUUUAUGGUCCAAGUUCUCAAUCUAGCUCAACAUAUGAGUCUAUAUACGAACCUAUUAAUCCUAGACCGCCAUCUCAACUAUCUUGUAAUUAUUCAAUGUAUUCUGGAUAUGGAUCUGCUACUUCAACUCAGCCACAAGGAAAAGUGUCUCCUGUGAAAGAGGUUGAUGUUUUAACUGAUUUGUUGGUUCAAGGAAUGUCAGAUAAUAGCGAAGAAAGUGAUAUAUAUGGUAUUUGUGCACAGUGUGGAUGUAAAGUCGAAGGAGAGGGUACAGGUUGUUCUGCAAUGGAUAAAGUCUUUCACAUAAAUUGUUUUUGUUGUUAUGUCUGUAAAGUCAACCUACAGGGUAAACCUUUCUAUUCAUUGGAAGGUAAACCGUAUUGCGAAGAAGAUUACUUAAACACUUUGGAAAAAUGUUGCGUAUGUACUAGGCCAAUACUUGAUAGAAUAUUAAGAGCUACUGGGAAACCUUAUCAUCCAUCUUGCUUCACAUGUGUAGUUUGUGGACAAAGUUUGGAUGGUAUACCUUUUACAGUAGAUGCUACAAAUCAGAUACAUUGUAUUCAAUGUUUCCACAAAAAAUUUGCACCUCGUUGUUGUGUGUGUAAAUUACCCAUCAUGCCGGAACCUGGCCAAGAUGAAACGGUACGCGUUGUUGCUCUGGAUCGUAGUUUUCAUAUUCAAUGUUACAAAUGUGAAGAUUGUGGUUUAGUAUUAUCUUCUGAUUCAGAAGGUCGUGGCUGUUAUCCUUUAGAUGAUCAUGUGUUAUGUAAAAGUUGUAAUGCAAGCCGCGUACAAGCAUUAACAUCUCAUAUGACUACAGAAUUAUAAAUUUUACUGAAAUUUUAUUUGAUGAUUAGAUUUUCAUAUUCAUAUAUCAUAUGUUUGAUUAAUACUUCAAACAUUUUUAAGUAAUAUUUCUAUCUAUUGUUUAAAGAAACCAGAAUUAAAUUUAGAACUUACUUAUUCCAUAACAAAACAUAUAUAUAUGUGUAUAUAUAUAUACACAUACCACAUACACAUACAAACAGUCACGUUGAUAGUAGCAAACGUAAGUGACUUUACGUUUUGUGACUGAAACAAUAUAUAACGUAAUAAAUUUGUAUUAUUUACGAAUAUUAAGAUUAUAUUGAUAAAAAUAUUCUUAUCAUACUGCCGAUUUUAAAACUUUACAUAUAACUAUUGUAAUAGCAAGUAACAAACGUACUAUUGAAAAAAAAUAUGUAAUAAAUAAUAUUAAAGGAAUAUUAUCUAUCAACUAUUUAUAGAAAGCUUCUUUUAUGGGGCACUUGUUUCGACAUUAAAAUAAGAGGUCGUGCCAUUUAUAAAAAGUUCCAUUAUUAGAGAAAAGAUAUUCAUAAAUAUACUAAACAUUGUGAUCUAUAUGUAAGUUAUUACUAGCUUUUUAUUACUUCGAAUUUUUUAUAUGAAAUAAUAAUCAAAUGUUUGAUUUAAUUAUUUUAUGAUUUUCAUAUAUUUCAUAUUGUAAAAGAAAAAGUGAAAUACAUUUUAUUUAUAAAAA